AUGUGGUUGGGUGCAGUGUUGCUUUUGGCGCUCGGCGCCACGGCGGGUGCGCAGGACCGGUCCGGGGAGCACGUCGCGCUCUGCGACUGCAAGAACGACGCGGAACUGGUCUCCUCCCAGAUGGCGUACUAUCUGGGGGUGCCCGACUCCACGCCCGUGGACGUCGCAACUGUUCCCAACACACCCAACGGACAGGCGAGGGUGUGGCCCAGCGCGACGACGUCGGCCUUGUUCACGCUCACCAACGUCACCUUUACGGCGAAGCUGGGCCCGCAGGUCGAGGUCGGCGCUUUUGCCGGCACGGGGAGCAACGGAUGGCCCUCGCCGUUCAACUGCUGGUUCACGCCGAGCCAGAAGUUGUAUGUAUACGACGGGUGGACGUGCGCCAUGGUUUACGACUGCUCGCAUGAUGCUGCAAAUUCUACCACGCCAUCCACGCCGUCUGGCGCACCAACAAGCAGGCCAACUCGCGCCCCAAACCAGCCGUCCGACUCCUCUGGCAUCUCUACCCCGGCCCUGAUAGGUGUCGCCGUGGGCUCGGGCGUGGUGGCGAUAAUAGUCAUUGGUGCCAUUGGCUUCGUGUGCGUGCAGCGUCGGCGGGCCCGCGACGCCACGAGGCAGAUGGAAGAGCGGCGGUCGCAGUCGCCCCCAAAGUCACCAUGCGGCGGCGUGUUCGAUGCCGAGGGCAGAUGGCACCAGACCAUCAAGCCCGGCCCGCCGCAGGAGAUGGACGGGCAGUACCGGGGUCUCGAGAUCCACGCCGGCCCGACUGGUGGCUACAGGGAGAUCGACUCGACGGCAGUCGCCGCCGAGGUUGCAGGGAAUCGGACCCAUGGCAGCUUUUAUCGAGGCUGA